CAGGGGGCGGGCGGCGGCGGCGUCUGGAGCUGGGGUCGGAACCGCCGGGACUGGAUGCAGCUGACGCUUGGCGAGCGGCUCGGGAUGGAGGCAGCGCGCCACAGACUCGGGCCCGGCGGGGAUAGGGCUUUUGAAGAUGAAAAUAUGAAGCUCCGGCAGUUGAAAUUGGAUAAUCAGCGAGCUUUGCUGGAAAAGAAGCAAAGGAAGAAGCGUCUUGAGCCCCUCAUGGUGCAGCCGAACCCAGAAGCCAGGCUGCGCCGGUCAAAGCCAAAAGCUUGUGAAGAGCAGACCCCUUUGGUAGAGCCUCACGCUCAUCUUUGCAGUGAUGUGGUCUUGCAUGGAAUUGAUGGCCCAGCCGCCUUCAUGAAACCAGAGGCUCAAGAUUUGAGAACCAAACUCCACCUUCUCUCAGUGGGCUCUUCUACCACAGAAGAGGAGACUGAGGCAGACUUGGAUGGGGAGAAUAUUGUCGACACUGCCUCAAAACCAGAUCUCCAGGAACUUCUCCAGAAACGCGGCAUCUCUGACAGUUUGAACUUUGAUGAAGAGGUGACUGAUGGGGAAGAAGAGGAAGGAAAGAAAUCAAGAACUCAUUCACCCUACUCAGAAACACAGCGACCCAGUUCUGGAUCCAGCCAGAAAUCAGUCACAGAUACAGGAGCUUCCUGUACAGCAUCCCUUCAGGCUGAUAACCAGCUAGAAGUAGAAAAUUUAGAAGAUUUUGCAUUUCGUCCUGCUCCUCGGGGGAUUACAGUGAAAUGUCGAAUCACCAGGGAUAAGAAGGGAAUGGACAGGGGCCUGUACCCCACCUAUUACAUGCACUUGGAAAGGGAUGAAAAUCGGAAGACAUUCCUUCUUGCUGGGAGAAAGCGAAAAAAGAGUAAAACAUCCAACUACCUCAUCUCCAUUGAUCCGACGGAUUUAUCUCGGGAAGGGGAGAGCUACAUUGGCAAACUCAGGUCCAAUCUCAUGGGAACCAAGUUUACAGUGUAUGACCAUGGUGUCAGCCCAGCUAAGGCACAGGGCCUGGUGGAAAAGGCCCAUACUCGUCAGGAGCUUGCAGCCAUCUGUUAUGAAACUAAUGUGCUUGGGUUUAAGGGUCCCAGGAAAAUGUCUGUGAUUAUUCCAGGGAUGAAUAUGAGUCAUGAAAGAAUCCCAUUCCGGCCACGAAAUGAGCAUGAGAACUUGCUUUCCAAAUGGCAGAAUAAAAACAUGGAAAAUGUGAUAGAGCUACACAACAAAGCCCCAGUCUGGAAUGAUGACACUCAAUCCUAUGUCUUAAAUUUCCAUGGCCGGGUGACUCAGGCAUCUGUGAAGAAUUUUCAGAUCGUCCAUGCAAAUGACCCUGAAUAUAUAGUCAUGCAGUUUGGACGUGUGGCAGAAGACUUAUUCACACUGGACUACAACUAUCCCAUGUGUGCCCUUCAGGCCUUUGCUAUUGGGCUCUCCAGCUUUGACAGCAAACUAGCUUGUGAAUGAAAGAAGACACGUCAUACCCCAAACCUGUUGUUCAUUCUAGGAAGCUAACUUUAGGGAGAAAAUAACUUCCCUUUCCUGAGUGUGAAAGAGAUGAGAAAAGUCAGCCAGUAUCUUUUGGGUUGAUUCCAGCAUAUACAAAAAAACUAUUCAAUGGAAUUUCCAGCCCCUACCAGCCCAGUAUAGACAAAAGAUUAUUCAAGCUGCAAAGAAAACUUUACCCAUAGCACAUUAAUGAGGCCCACUUGUCCUGUGCCUCAAAGAUUAGUUUUUCCUAUGCCUGGAAUCUCUUGCAUCUGGCAUCAUGUUCAGAUUAUUUCAGGUACUUAUCUAUUUUCAGAAAGAGACAGUUGUUUCCUAACAUUCUUUUGCCCCACAUUGGUAACUCAUGCUGAGAUAGAUUUUUAGCAUCAGAGGAGGUUCUAUAGCUUUGUACCUGUGAUCCAGAGCUCAUAAAUGGGAGGACUGAUUAUGUAAAAAAAAAGCCUUCAUUCCUACUAUUGCUUCCUUCUACCAUCCUGUAGAUUAUAUGACCAAGGCCAUGAAGCUUAUGUGUCCGUAGUAGUAUAUGUCCAUUUGUAUCCAGCUUUUGACUUGUUUGAGGGAUGGUGAUUUCCAGAGAAUGAUCUUCUACCAGGAUCAGAGAAAUCCAAAGUGAUUUAUCACUUUGACACUUCACCAGUGGCUCAUGUCCCAUGGGAGCACCCUGUCCCAUGGGAAGAAGCAGCAUCCAUCAUUCUUCCGCAUCCUAAAAGAAAUGCCCUGGAUAUCCAGAGCCUAUAUAUGCCCUUGGAAAUUAUCCAGAAUGUUAUUUGUUUGGCUGUUGAGCUCCCUUUUGAGGAAGUUAAGUAUCUGCUAGUUUAGUUUAGUUUAGAAACUAGUUUCAUUUCUCCCUUAGUACCAGAGGUUCUUGUGUUAGUGUGAAACCCUCUUAGUUUCAAAACUGACUGGUCAGCUGGCACCAAUCCCAGGUAGAGAAAUGGCUAUCAAAUUUGUAACCAGUGUGUAACUGUCUUAAUUUCAUUGUAAAGAUUAAAAUCCUUUUCUUCUCUGAAUGAUGCCAAUGGUGCCUUCCAGGUACAAGUACUGGAGAUGGCUUCACCCAGUGGUUUUGCAGCUGCCCUUAUUUUCAACCCAGUGGUGCCUCCUGUAUGUAGGUGUUUAUUAAGCCAUUCACCUAAGGAAUGUAGUCUCCAGCAGGAAUUAUCUAUUGAAGCUUUUGGGUGUCUUAUAUGUUUAAAAAAAUUUAAAGAAAAAAAGGUGGCAGUGAAAAGUUUUUGCUCCUAUACAUUUUGGUGGCCCUAAAAUUAGCUGUCUUACUAACUCUACAACCCUAAGAUGGGCCGAGUUUGGCCCUUCCUGGCAUAAAUAUUACUAGCACUCAGUGCCCUUUGUACACUUGUGUGUUGGUAAGCAAAAUGGCCUUUGUUUUCUUUGAGUAACUUGGUGUAUUUCAUUGAGCUUUGCUAGGUGCUGGGCCCCAGGCCCAGAGCCCUAUUAGAUGUGGAACCUGUGUGGGUGCGAAUUGGUGACUGGGGUGGGGCCCAAGAUGGGGCUGGCUAAGGGGAGGUGUUAACUCCAGAGCCAUGCCCUAUCGGGUGUUAACCUAAUCUAUGUGGAUUUGAACCUCCCAGGGUCCUAAGGGGAGGGGCCAACUCAAGAACCAAUCACCAGAGCCUGGGCUCUGGUCAUUCAGACGACACUUGAUGAUGUCAAAAACUCUAUAAGAGGAGAGAAGACAGCUUGAAGACCCUUUUCUGUUGGAGCUCUUUGUGGCAGCAGUGGUGGCACGUGACUCUGGGCCAGCCCUUGUUCUGAGCUCCUGGGCUGAACUUAGAUGUUGGUAACUAUGAAUUGUAUUGGGUCUGUCUGUUGAUGUUUGUAAUUUGUUUGUAUUUCAUUCUGAAGUUCAGGGUGCUGGUUUUUUCCCUAGAACUAAGUGAAUGCUGUCUGUAUGCUGGAUUAAAGUAAACUUGUCAACCCCUUCACCUUGCUUUCCUUAUUAAAGCAGAUCAAAAGAACCUGUGCUUUCCCAGCAUACUGGCAGCUUUCUGGGUGCUGGCUGUGGGUGGAUCUUACACCCCCACAGAAACUGCUAGCCAGAUUGUGGAAACAACUUGCUCAGUGUCACCAAAGCCUUUGUAUUUUGGUACAACUUGCCCUUUCAUUGCUUUCACUUACAAAUCACAAUAUCUUUGUGGUGUUUUGGUUAUUAGAAAAUCUCAAUAAAUCAAGUAAUAUCUUUUGCACCAAGAUUUAGGAAUUAGUUGUCUAUGUAUUUCUCUGUAAGUCCCCACCCAGUAUUUCCUGCUUCCUCACAAGCAAUCUCUUCAAGUCAAAAUGCCUAGAGUAGGAAAUUAGUCUGGGGACAGAUGGAAGGACUUUAAAUUUAAUCCCUUUUUGGCCAACUCAGCCAAUCUGUUAAUUUAUUUCCAUUUUAGGCCUGGCUCCUCCAGUCAAGUGCCUCAUCAUUAAGUGCCCUAAGGCCCUUUAGACCUCGGUCACUAACUGUGCUGCCAGACCUAAUAAACUGGUAGCCAACUAAAUUGUUCCCUCAUCUUCAGCUAUUGUGGAUAGCUAAACCUGGAAUCUAGGAGCCAACCCUAAGGCUAUAAAUUUUUUUUCUUUCUUUUUUUUUUUUUGGAGUGGGGAAGGCAGGGCAAUUGGGGUUAAGUGACUUGCCCAAGGUCACACACCUAGUAAGUGUGUCAAGUGUCUGAGGUUGGAUUUGAACUCAGGUCCUCCUGACUCCAGGGCUGGUGCUCUCCUCAAUAUGCCACCUAGCUGCCCCUCUGAGGUUAUAAAUUUAAUCCCUCUCCUUUUCUCUUUUGCUUUUCCUUUGACCUUCAGAAGAGUCACCCUGCUCUACUUGCUUUCUGCUUGAGUGUCUGGAGAGAUGCCUCCCCCAGCCAACUCUGGUUUUACAUGAAUCAUAUUUAUAACUUUUGUAGGUUGUGUCAAUAAAAAAUAAUUUAUACAAACA